CGCUGACUUUCGUUGUUCCCUCCACGCAAAUAAUCGUCACUGUGAUAAUAGAGCAGGUCCCUCAGCAAAGGGAGGAGAAGGAAAAAGAAACCAAGGCCAAGAACCGACACACAAAAUCAAUGGCGACACCGGCGGCACCGAGCAAGCUACUUCUUGCUAUGGCUGGCUUGAAUGGCUUGCUCGCGCUGGGACACACUACCAAGGGCCGUGAGCAAUUCAGCCACCCGGCCAUCGACAAGCUUCCCGCCGUCCUCCGCGGCGCCGUGAAGACGGGCUGGUACGAAGGGAGCGCCUUCUUCGUCAUCAUGGGCAUUCUCAACUACAAGUGGGCGAACACGGGGCUCGUCGACGUCUUCGACAAGAGCAUCGCGGGUGUGUUUGUCAGCCUGCUUCUCGGUGCGGGAGCGAGCUACGCGUCCAGCGGCGAUGCGGGAACCGGUGUGACGCUGGCCGUGGUGGCCCUUCUGCAAGGCCUCGGCGCGAAGCGCGCUGCUGUCUAAAAUGCUGUUGUAUAGUAUGUGUAUGAACUUUCGCUCUCGAGGGCCGGGAAAAAAGGCCUAGUACCACACGCAAACACAGCAAGAGAUGUACAGGUCGAUUUGAACAGUAGAAAACUUCUCCUCAUUGUUUCAUGAUCACUGCGUCAGAGUUGAAAUAUUCGUAUACCUACAAUGAAGAACGCCCUUUUUGAUUCA